CCAGCGCGACGUCGCGACGUUCUACCGUGGUCGGUCGAAGAAUCGUUCGAAUGCGUCGCGCCGCUUGAUCGCUCGAUCCCUGUCGAUCGUGAGUUCGAGAUACGCGGUCGCGUGUGGUGUCAGUGAACGAUAUAAAACGGCAGCGAGAGAAAUAAAGAGAAGCUUCCAGAACGGUGUUGGUGAGGAACGAGAGAACUUGUCUUCCCGUGUGAAGAGUGAAGAUAGGCAGCGAUCACGUCACGAUGGCAGCCUGUUGUGUGCGUCCCACCUGCGUGGCGAUCGCCGUUCUGCUGCUACAGCUAACAGCUUACGCGAACGCAGUUGAUCCGUACUUGGAAAUUUUACCAAACGGCGAGACGCAGACAAAGCCGAUCGGCUCCAGCAUCAUCCUCACGUGUAAACCGAAGGUAGACGAUCCGUCACUUAUUUCUCAGAUGCAAUGGAUCGAUCCGCAAGAUCGCGUGAUUGAGUCUCUCAAGUACGCCGUCGUACCGCUCGAAAGCCAAAAAGGGAAUACUAAUUCGAAGCCAGCCAGAUACACCGAAUUGCACCAAGAUGGUAGACUGUCCCUAUACUUUAAUUCCCUUCAGGAGGAACAGGCUGGGCCGUACAUAUGCAAAGGGACUUAUGCACGUAAUAUGCAGUUAAGCAAGUCUGUGACAAUCGGUACUAUUAUUGCGAUCACGUGGGAGAAUGCACCGCCAAAUCAGUAUCCCAUUCUUGGGGAAGACUUUGAUAUUCAUUGUCAAGUACGUGCUAGGCCAUCGCCUUCGGUCGAUUGGCUUUUCGACGGAGAACUCAUCAAAACGAAUGAUCACUAUAUCAUAAACACUUACUCCUUGAAGAUCAAGAAUGUUCAAGAGCAGGACGAUGGUGUAUAUACAUGUCGGGCAUCGGUACAGACCACAGGAGAAUUGCAAGAGCGACCUAUCCGCGUUGAGGUACACAUACGACCUGCGAUCACUGAGUUUCCGAAACCAAUAGACGUCAUCGAAGGCGAAAACGCAGACAUUAGGUGUAAUGGCACUGGCAAGCCACCACCAGUAAUCACUUGGGUUAAGUCUCUAACCCAACAGAAUCUGUCGAUUACCGAUCGCUUCGGUGUCGAUCCGGUCACGGGUAUACUCACCAUCACAAAUGUGAACCGCGAAGACUCGGGUGAGUAUCAAUGCAUGGCGACAAACGCCGCAGGUACCGCUACUGCCACCACCCAAAUAAAUGUGAUCAUCAAACCGAAAAUCAUGGAGUUCAUGAACAAGACCGUGGUGGAGGGCAAAAGUGUGGAAAUCCAAUGUAAGGCUUUCGGUCGACCAUCACCCAAGGUGAGCUUCAGGAAACUCACUCUCGACAAACCAUACGCGGAUGGCGCUCAGUCGGAAGAUGACCGGAUCAUCGUGAGAAACAAACCAGACGACAUGUCUAGCGACGUGACCGUUGGCAUCCUAUCAAUCACUGACGUUCUCACUGACAACGAUGGCCUGUACGAAUGUGUGGCGGAAAAUACCGGUGGCGUCGCCUACAAGAAUGGUCAUUUGACUGUGGAAUUUCCGCCCUCCUUCCGCAACAUGCCGAAUAUGACGUUCUGGUCCUGGGAAUCGCGACCAGUUAAUCUCACUUGUAUCGCCGAGAGCAUACCGAACGCGACAAUACGCUGGACCUUGCAUGAGCAGAAGAUCGACAACGACGCUUAUAUCGAGCAGAUUGGUAACGGGCCGGUUUCCACUCUCCAAAUAAGACCGAUCGACCGGAGAUAUUACACGCAUUAUAAAUGCAUCGCUAUGAAUCCUCACGGCACGCGGGAGCAUAUAAUCGAGCUGAGGGAAGCGGCGAAACCCAGCGAGCUCUUGAGCGUCAAGAUGGCUGAAAUUACCGCCACGACGAUAAGAUUCGAUCUGGUACCACCCGUACAUCCAGAUUUGCCUGUAACCACUAUCACCGUGCAGUACAAAGAAGAGUUGCAUACCUGGCAAAAUGCGAAGAACAAAACGUGGUCUAUCGGUUCUCUGUACGUCGUCGAGGGUUUGAAACCACAGACGCCCUACGACUUCCGAUUCGCCGGGAGAAAUGAGGUCGGUUUGGGUAACUUUGGUAACUUCCACCGAGAGAUCACACCCGGCAGAACGGUGCCGAAAGAUCCGAGAAUUCUGACCACGCCAGGCUCUAAAUACGAACAGUCUCCGUACAGUCAUCAAUAUGAGCUGAGCUGGGUGACGCCGCCCGACAAUGGCGAACCCAUAGACAAGUAUCUGAUCAAAUACUGCCAGAUAAACGAUGUCGUUGACGAGUGGGAAGUGUUGCAGGAAACCUGCCAAUCGAUAAAUGUCAAAUCUCAUGGCAGGACGAGGCAGUUCCUCAAGGACCUGAAAUACGAUACUUACUACAUAGUCGAGCUGCAGGCUCACAAUGUGAUGGGCUACGGCAAACCUGGAUACGUCAAGAUCAGGACGGCUAGAGAAUCUACGGGCACUAUGGACUACAUUAAUGCUGGUGAUACUUGCAAGACCGGCGUCGCCAUUACCGCAGCAGUAAUGCUCCUAUCUCUAGCCAUUUAGAGUCGCCGUCAGGGAUAUUUGCUCCUCGCGCUCUAAUCCUCCCUCCGUCGUGAACGCACGCGAUAGGAAGCGAGGCGAAUUCGCGAGGUCGACAGUACAAGCGAGACACCACGAUGGACGAAAGUGACACAUACGCUCCACUAAUAUAACACACCCUCUUUCGUGAUUUCCUGCGACUCUCGUGUUUCGUUCGAAUCUGAUCGAAUUACCUAGGCAUCUCGGAUACGAAAGCGUUUUCCGUUAAAAUGGUUUCGUGCGAGACACGACGGCGAAAGUUAAUCGCGGGACAAUUGUACACGAUAGUAUCUGUUCAUUUAUAUAUCCACUUAGCAGUAAACGAUCGACAACGAAGAAUAAAUUGAUACGUUCGCCGGUACAUUCCGAGAGUAAAGAUAUGGCGUUCAAGUGAGUUUCUUUAAGAAGAAACAACGUGAAAAGUCGUUAUGCGAAGUGUAUUUAUACGUAUUAUUUGUUGAAUGCUCACUGCGUGUUAGUAUAAACGUACUGGUACGUUUAUUUUCAUUUUUCUUUCUCAUAUAUAAGUUAAGGCUGUACUUUGGUAAUUUCUGUAAGAGACGGGUAUCGCAGUGCGCAACGAUAAUAUUCCCUCGCACCGCCUCGAGAACAAAGGCGUGCAAGAGAAUUGACGUAACCAAAACGAAUGUGCUGUAACAAUUAUUUCGCGUGUUAUAAUUUUCGUUUCUUAAUUAAAGUCAGGUCUGUGCACUUUUAAAAAGAUUAAGAUAAGUCACGACUACGCUUCGUCAACUUUUGCAGUUUACGAACUUUUGUAUGGUAUGUUAUAUCGAUAGAUAAAAGAAGAAUGUGCUUCCCUAUAUGUAGGUUGGUUCGAGAAUAAAUUAACGACUUAUAUCGGAUAGCUACGACUAUACACGAGUGUGAGACUAUAAGAUAGUAAGAGUACUACUGCCCUGAAUUGUCUACUAUUCACUCGCAAAGUUUACCGACCAAGAGGAAGGAUAUUAUAUAAUCGAUAUUAAGGGAACGAAUAGUCGCGAUUAGAAUCGCGACGACUCGUAAAUCACGCACGAAUACGAAUGUAAUAAUCGUGUCCCAUAGAAUACGUACAGUUUGGUGCAUCAGAGCUGUUUACUAAGUUUGCCGAUCAGUAUACGUCCAAAAUAUUUUUAGAUGGAACUUUUUUCACGAUCUUUUGCGAUCUGAUUUUUAUAAGAACUUAAUUACGAACAUUCUAAGAUUGAUUAACGAACAAAAGGGAGGGAGAAGAAUAAUAGAGCCAUUAAGCAAAUGCGGUCGAUGAAGUAUUCGGAUAUUCAUAGAUUCAUCAUAGUAAUCAGAAAAAAAAUUGAUAAAGUUAUAUAGCGUAAAAAACGACGAAAUUUGCCUUUACGAAAAAAAAAAAAUCCGUUUUUAUUGAGGCCUGAGAAGUGGGACAUUUUCCUCCUUCGUAAAAGUCGACACUUAUAUCCACGAUUCGCGUUCGUGCGAUGUUCUUUUACGAGGCAAAGAAUUUCACACGAGCGAGCAGAACUCCUCGCGAAGUCGCGUCACGCACACAAGAUCCAGGAACUUUAAUCCUAGAACCCGACUAUAUCCAAUGCAAACAUAGGUGACCAUGAGUAGAAAUGAAUGAAGAAAUCGUGACGCGGGUAAUGAAAUUGAUAUAUCUUGGAGACAAUUUUUUUCGCAUUUUUACACGGGAUAAUAGUAGUCAAUUGUUAUCCUCUAAAUUGCUGUUUUACAUGCAAUAUAUUCCUGUGUACUUUUAUGCAAUAAUAAGAUAAGAUAUAAAAUUGUUACAUAUUCUUCAUAAAGAAUUGUUUAUUUAGAGUGGAAAUCUCAUAAACAUUUAUUACGUAAUUCUACGGUCGGGUUCUACGACUAAUCGCGAAACAAAAUCCGAAAUACGAUGACUCUCACACGACUGCCAAUUAAUAUUUUAGUUGGAUUAAUUUUUGAAAAUUGCAUCUGAUUUUU